GGCCGAGCAGGGCCGGGCGGGGCCGGGCGGAGCCGAGCGGAGCCGAGCGGGGCCGAACGGAAUCGGACGGGGCGGAGCUCCGGGGCCGAGCUCAAGCCGCCACCACAGCGAUGAAGCGGGACCGGCUCGGGCGCUUCCUGUCGCCCGGGGUGUCCGGGCAGCGCGGGAGCUCAGGUGGCGGCAGCUGUGGCGGCGGCCGGGCCCGGGGCCGCCCGUCCCGCAGCGGUCCCGACGUGGCCGAGGCGGCGGCUCUGGUGGCUGCGCGGCUGGGCUGGGGCCCGACGCGGGCCUGCGCGGACGCGGGCGAGGACGGCGCCGACGAGGCAGGAACGGCCCGGGCCCUGGCCAUGGGGCACUGUCGCCUCUGUCACGGGAAGUUCUCCUCUCGGAGUCUCCGCAGCAUCUCUGGCAGGGCGCCUGGGGAGAGCUCAGAAAGACCGGCCCCUGGGGACCGUGUUUUUGUCCGGGACUUCCAGCGCCUCCUGGGGGUGGCCGUCCACCAGGACCCGGCUCUGUCCCAGUUUGUCUGCAAGAACUGCCACACCCAGUUCUACCAGUGCCACGGCCUCCUCACGUCUUUCCUGCAGAGAGUCAACGUCCCCCCCACGGGCCGCCGGAAGCCUUGUGCAAAGGUCGGUGUGCAGCCUCGGACGGGGGCGGAGGAGGGAGCGUGUGUGGUGGACCUGAUCGCUUCGAGCCCCCAGGGCCUGCGUGGCUUGGUGGGGUGGGUGCACGGACACGCGGCCGGCUGCGGGGCCCUGCCCAGCCUCCAGAGGACCCUGUCCUCCGAGUACUGUGGCAUCGUCCGGGCCGUGUGGGGCUGUGACCGAGGGCACGACUACACCAUGGACGCCGACUCCAGCUGCGGGGCCCUCUUGCUGGACGGCACCUUGGGCGUCAGGCGGACGUGGGACAAGGAUUUGGCCCCAGGGCUCCCCCGGCAUCGGGGGUCCAGCCCCAGCGGGGCUGCCCCUCAGAGCUCCCAGGGCAGAGCGACCGCCGCCGGGGCCGAGACCGAGACGCUGCCCAGCACGGACACAGCCCGGCCUCCUUCAGAUGGCGACCCGGUGGGGCCUGGGCCGGGCCCCCCGCCUCAGCCAAGCCUCCCCCAAAGCGGGGCCCCAGGGCAGUUGGGUGAGAAGCAGGUUCCAUCUCCAACCUCGGAUGAUCGGGUAAAAGACGAGUUCAGUGACCUUUCUGAGGGAGACUUCCUGAGUGAAGACGAAAAUGAUAAGAAGCAGAAUACCCAGUCCUCAGACGAGUCCUUUGAGCCCUACCCAGAAAAGAAGAUCUCUGGUAAGAAGAGUGAAAGCAAAGAAGCCAAGAAGCCAGAAGAACCAAAAAUUCGAAAGAAACCUGGGCCCAAGCCGGGCUGGAAGGGCAAGCCGCGCUGUGAGAGGGAGGAGCUGCCCACCAUCUACAAGUGUCCUCACCAGGGCUGCACGGCCGUGUACCGUGGGGCUGACGGCAUGAAGAAGCACGUCAAGGAGCACCACGAGGAGGUCCGGGAGAGGCCCUGCCCGCACCCCGGCUGCAACAAGGUGUUCAUGAUCGACCGCUACCUGCAGCGCCACGUCAAGCUCAUCCACACAGAAACUGGGGGAGGAAGCACAGUGAAGACAGUGCCCUGGUCAUCACCGCCAACAGCACAGGUGCGGAACUAUAUCUGUGACGAGUGUGGGCAGACCUUCAAGCAGCGGAAGCACCUCCUGGUCCACCAGAUGCGCCACUCAGGAGCCAAGCCCCUGCAGUGCGAAGUCUGCGGGUUCCAGUGCCGACAGCGGGCAUCCCUGAAGUACCACAUGACCAAGCACAAGGCCGAGACGGAGCUGGACUUUGCCUGCGACCAGUGUGGCCGGCGGUUCGAGAAGGCUCACAACCUCAACGUGCACAUGUCCAUGGUGCACCCCCUGACGCAGACCCCGGACAAGGCCCCGGAGCCCCCGCCUGGGCCCGCAGCGGGGCAGGCCGUGAAGGCUGAGCCCACCUGAGGGCACGCCCGCCCCCGAGCUCAGUGGGCAGUGAUGGGGGUUCAGGCCUGACGGCACAGCUCUGCACCCCGACGAGCCUCCACCCCGUGUGCUGGGUGGCAGGGGCUCAGCACACAGCUCACGGGGCCUUGUGGCUUCUGCUCCGGGACCGGCAGUUUCUUCUAUAAACAGAGUGACUUGGGGCCAGAGGCAGACUUCAAAGAAAUGAUUCCUCUUCCCCGCUAAUGCAGUCGAGGUUUGUAACCCACUUUUCAGGGCAACGGAGAGCUCCACGUUAACGCUUGUAAUAAAUUAUUUACCGAGGA